AUGGCCGCGAGGGAGAAGCACCUUUUUAAUUCCCACGAGUGCGAUACGGAGAACAGCCAUUGCGUCUCCAUUUUGAAUGCCAAGAAGUGCAUGAACGUUGGGAUCUUUCUGAAGCAGUUUAAGAGGCCGAUGCGGGAAAUGGUGCAGGACAUCCGGCAGGGGAGCUGGGCGAAGUUUGGGACGGGCAAGCUGAGGGAGCUGUCCAAGCACCUGCCUGAGGACGGAGAGGUGAAGCAGUUGCUCUUGUUCAGGGGGGACCUGUGCAGCCUGUGUGAGGUUGACUUGUUCAUGGUGCUCCUGGUCCAGGUCCCCGGUUAUGAAGCUCGAAUUCGCUGCCAGGUUCUCAGGGAAGAGUUCUUCCCCCUCGUCGAGGAAAUGGAGCAGUCCAUCGCCGUCAUGACUACAGCCGCUAAAGAGCUGCUGGACUGCGAUGACCUUCACUCCAUCAUCCGCUUGGUCCUGAAGGCGGGAAACUACAUGAACGCCGGCGGGUACGCGGGGAGUGCCGUCGGGUUCCGCAUGACCACGCUGCUCAAGCUGGCGGACACCAAGGCCAACCAGCCCGGCAUGAACCUGAUGCACUACGUGGCCAUGCAAGCGCAGGAGAUCGACGCGACCCUCCUGAAGUUCCCCAAUCAGCUACCGAGCAUCGGGGCGGCCGCAAGGAUCCAGAAGCAGGAGGUUGAGACGGACUUUAAGAGGGAGGUGGAGAAGGUGAAGGAAGCGAAGGAGGACUCUUCCAAACACGAGGACCUGCGGUCGCAGAUGGAGAGCUUUCUGAAGACGGCCGAGGCCCGGCUCGCUGAAGUGGAAGUGUCCCUGCAGGCUCUGGACUCGGCCAGUGACUCUGUGGCCGAGUUCUUCUGCGAGGACCCCGGCCAGUUCAAAAUGGAGGAGUGCUGCUUCAUCUUCCACUCCUUCUGCGAGAAGUUCACCAGGGCCCUCCAGGAGAACCGCGUGCGGGACUUGGCGGAGCUGAAGAAGAGGCAGCGGCUGCAGAACACCGCCAAACGGCGGUCCGUGGCCACCUGCUCCAGCCUGGACCGCGACCGGGACCUGGAGGGCGUGGCCCUGGAGUCCGUCCUGGAGACGUUCCUGACCGGCCGCGGGUCCCGCCGGCGGAGCGGAGCGGGGAAGGCCUCCGUGGGGCCCGACCCCAGGGCCCGGCCCUUCCGGGACCGGCUCAACGGGUGGAAUUCCGCUCAGGACCUGACCUCGGGAACGCCGGGCCCGCCGGGGGAGGGGCCGCCGCCGUGCGGCUGGGGCGAGGCCAGAGAGCGGGCGGCGAACAUCGCCGACAAGACCACCCCGAAAGGGCGCGGUCGAGCCCCCGACCGCAGGAGGAAGACCGACUUCUGCUUCAACCCCGCUGGACGCUCCUCGGCCCCGUCCUUGGUGGUGGAGGAAGACGAGGAGGAGGAGGAUGAGAAGGAGGAGGACGAGGGGGAGAAGGAGAACGAGGAGCAGGUGGAGAGGAUGAGGCAGGUGUCGCGGCGCGUCCUGCGCUUCCAGAGCAGCCGGGAGAGCGUGUCGCCGGGCGACCGGCGUCCACUGGACCCCCCGCAGGGGCUGGGCGGAGCCGGCACCUCGCCCCGCCCCCGCGAUGGGGAGUUCCCGUUCUCUCCCUGGACCGUCCUCAGCCCGCGCCUGACCCCCAGAGCCGCCACCCCCUCCAACGGCCUCAACCGCCGGCACUCCCUCGCCGUCCCGCCCUCCGUCUCCCCGGGCAACCGUGAACGAAGGCCCGCCCCGGCCGUGUCCCCCAGGGCCCCGCCCACCCCUCUGGCCGCCGUGGGGAGGAUGAAAUCCCUGGACAGCUGCCUCCCCUCCCCCCCGGCCACGCUGCCCUCCUGCCCCGCCACCAGGACCGCCACCUCCCUCCCCGACCGCCUCGCCCCGAGGGUUCCUUCCAGGGCCUCUCCUCCCAGAGUCCCGCCUGCCUUCAAACUCGGUGACUUCUUCCAGAAACGGGCCAAUCAGGGUUUGCUGAGAGCCGGGCCCGACAGACAGGGCGGGUCGGCCUUGGUCUCCUUCUUCAAGCGUUUGGGAGAGAAGCACUCGUGACUUCCUGCUGCCGAA